CUUGAGUCUUGUCCGGUGUUCUUAUAUCUACUUGAAGUUUCCGAUUUGUGUCUCCUUUGGCCGACACCAACAUGGCGCACGACAUCAACCUCGAUACUCUUGGGGAACAACACGCAACGGUGUCCCAAGAUAAAAUCUUUGGGAUCUUGCAAACGCACCUCCAGAGCGGGGGAAAGACCAGCACAAGUUCGUCACAGUUGGCCGAUGCCAUCCGGCAACUGAGUGCCAAAACCUCUUCGGGAGAUGCUGCGUCAGGCUUCCUCUGGGAUCUUUGGAUGGUCGUCGUAGAUCUCGCCUACCUCAUUCCGCCAGACCACCCCUGGCAGGACAAACUUAUAGGUGCUAUUCAGACCUUGAGACAAACUGGUGGACUUAUCGUCCCCACUGAAGAAACGAAGGAGCCCCUGAUGUGGAAAGACCUGUCACAUCUGGCGGAAUACAUGUUAGAUAAGUGGUUCGAUCCCACCAAGCUAGACGAAUGGACUCUAGACAAUGUUGCUGCAUGGAAGAACCUCAACUCGUUCACUGCCAGGCUCACGACGGAAGACUUUGCUCCCUGGUUGAACUUCCCCAUCUGGCAACUUCAGAGCGCCCUUGACGAGUCCCCAGACAAGGGUAUCAUCCUGGAGUCUAGGCUCUGGGUAGCGACUGAGUGGGCUAUACGUCGUGGAAGCUUGGUAUUCCAAGACAUAAUCUUCGCCAGACCGCACAAAGAUGCAGUUGAAGAGGCUACCGAAGGGCAAGGCUUGGGCAAGUUACGUCUUUGGAAGAAGAGGUUUUCCGAACUGCUUGAGGAUAAGGAGCUACUGGGACUCGAUAUUGUUCUUGUCCACCGAAUAGAGCAGACUGUCAAGGAGAUGGAGGAGUUCGAGAUCGCUGACCAGGUACAAUAGCUGAUGGACGAGCGGAUCAUCAUACUUAUUUAAGAGGAUAACCUCUUCCACCUCCAUUAUGCCAAUUACCAGAUUGGCGUCUUCAAUGGUUCUGAAUAUCCACAGUUGUUGGAAAGAAGACAGAACAAAAAAGAAUGUCAAGAGGGUGUAAGUGUGGUUUGAGAAGAGCCAUUGGCUCAGCGCUUCUUCAGUGGCCACGCAAAAGCCCCGAGCGACGAACACAACAUGAACGAACCCAGGAACAGAAUCAACGACUCGUACCGGCCCAUGCCGUAUCCCCAGCUCACCGGCUUCGUCAACAGGCCCGCCGUGAUGGGACCGGUGGCCAAGUUGCCGAUGCCCUUGCCGAAGGCCAUCAUGCUGAACACGGGCUGGGGAUCAUCGGACAACAUGGCGCCGAACUUGGCCCAGAAUAUCAGGAAACCACCGGCGAACAUGCCGAAGACCAGCGCAAAUACCACUAACAACGCCAGUGAAUGGGCGAAGCCCCAGAGCGUGAACGCCGCAACGGACGACACGAAGGACGACACGAACAUGAGGGCGAAGACGUUGUCCGUCCGGUCGGAGAGCCAUCCGAAGCCGAGCUGCCCAAAGACAGUCGCCAGGUUGUGGGCCGCGAGCAGCAAGGCUCCCAUGGUACCCGACAGCCCGAUGGCGGAUGCGUAGGAAGGCAGAUACAGCGAGGGGAUAUAGUAGGCAAACCCCUGGAACAGGUUGGAGAGCGCGAAGCAGUAGAAGAGAGGCUGCCGCAGGAAGCUGACAUCGAACAUGCGCAUCGCGCCCCGGGGCGACGGCGGCAGCCGGCCCUUGACCAUGUGCAGGACGGGCGCAACGCAGGCGAACUGGGCCACCGCAACGGCGCGCAGCGUCGUGCGGUAUCCAUACCUGGACAACAGCAGCUGCAGGAGGAACGGCAGGCCGACGCCGCUGAAGCCGCCCCCUGCGUAGAGGACGCCGUACGCCAGGCCGCGGCGGGCGACGAACCACUCGUUGAGCAUUCGCAGCACCGGGAAGUACAGCAUCAGGAAGCCGAAGCCGUAGAGGACGCCCUGGGUGGCGAUGAGCCCCGGGACGGAGUCGGCGAAGGAGGCGCCGACCAGGGAGGCGACGCAGAGGGCCCAGCCGACGACGACCAUGUGUCUCUGGUAGAGAUGGAACCUCUUGACGAGAGGGGCCGCGAGGGGCGCGCCGAGAAAGUAGAUGCUCGUCGACACGGUGCCUAUGAUGGCGAUGUUCGGGUCGUCUUUGAACUGCGGCUGUGAGGAAUAGUAUUCCUGGAAGACGCCAAAAGUCAAGGGAAAGCCUAUUUUAGAGGUCAGCGACGCCGUUUUCCUGCGGGCAAGCUAUACAAAGAGGCUUCGAGUGUAGGUAUACCCCAGAGAAGCGCUUCGAUGACGAAGCUUGACAACAGAAACUUCCACGCGGCGGCGCCCUUGUCGGUUGGUGGCAUAGUCUGGAUCAAGGUGUUGACAUCCUCCUCGUCCGUCUGCUGGGCCGACGCCGUACGGGCGUCGGCGUCCGGGAGGCGACGCAGUUCGACUGACAUCUUGGAGCAAGUCUUUUGCGUCCGAACACCUUUGGUUUUACUUUUGGCUAGUUACCGAACGAAGAAGAUUGGGGAAGAAAAAAA